CAGAUUGAAUUACAGACCCCUUUUUUUUAACCUAGUGUGACUUAUCCUUUUAAUAUUUAUAUUUUUCUAGGAUGUAGUAAAGGGUUUAUAUGUUUUGGGCAGCAUUUGUUUAUUAUUUAUUUUAAAUGUAGCUUUUACAAAUUUGGUGGCUUUUGAAAAUUUUUGAAAGAUUUUUGCUUGUUGCUGUACUCCUUUUUUUUCUUCUGCAGAUUGAUUUAUAUUUUAAUGUGGCUUUAGUAUCAUUACUUUGGUCUCUUAAGAGCUUAGUUCUCAUAACUCAUAAUUUCUGGUAAAAGUAACAAUAGUUUCCAAAAAAAAAAGAAAAUAAACAACAUACCUCUGAGUCGAUUUUUAUGUCAGUAAAGUAACUUUUUGAGGAAAGACGUUGCAUUCACGGAGCCUCGGAUUAACAACAAUUAUUUAUAAAUGUUUUGUUUUUGCGUCGGCGGUUUUGUGUGCAAAUAUUAUUUAUCAUUUGUUAAUAUUUAUUCAUGUAAAGAUACACAUUUUAUACUAACGAAUUACUCUUAAAGGCAAAUUCUCAACUAGGAAUAUUUUUUUCAAGGCGGUCUUUGAAGGCAUCCUGAGAGCCUGAUCCAUUGAUCCAGAGAUCCAGGCGCCGGUAGGACUCCUGGUUGAUUCCACGCCUCCCACUUUCACCCCCAUUGUGGUGAAUCUCUGGCUCUCACACACACUUAGCCAGACUUUCAGGAGUUGGAGCGGCUGGUCGAAGAGGGAAUCCCGACAGCUGCUGAAAAAUACCCGAACAUUUCCUCUUUCCUGUAUGGAUCUGUUUCCUUCUCUUCAGGGGUUUCGCGGAGGGUUGCGACGCUGGGAGUUUUAGAGGCUCGUGCCGGAGGGGACGUUACGCUGCAAAGUUGUAAAAGUAGUCCCUUGAGGUUCUUGUUUGUUCCGCCACCAGCUCAGACUCCGUGUUCCUCCAGCUCCUACUUCCAUCAUGGCAUGGCGGACUGUGGAGAAGUCUCUGCGUUUGACGCGGACUUCGCGCGCAGCUUUCCGGGAGAAACACCUUGGCUGUGGCCGAGGCUCGCUGGCUGUUAGGAGUUUGCUUUCACUCUGCCUGGUUCUCUCUUGUGGAUAUUGCGGAGCGGACUCUGAGUUUUCUAUCCUGGAGGAAGCGCAGGUUUUGUCGGAGCAGAUGAAAAAACUGUCUUCUCACGAACUGGGAGUCUUUACGAUGCAGAGGAUUUUCAACUCGUUCGUGUACACAGAGAAGACAUCAAACGGAGAGACAGAAGUGCAGCAGCUGGCCAAGAAGAUCCGUGAGAAGUUCAACCGUUAUCUGGAUGUGGUGAACAGGAAUAAACAGGUGGUAGAGGCCUCCUACACGGCCCACCUCACCUCUCCGCUCACAGCCAUACAGGACUGCUGCUCCAUUCCUGCCUCCAUGAUGGAGUUUGACGGAAACUUCAAUACCAACGUCUCCAAGACGAUCUGCUGCGACAGACUUUCCCCCACCGUCAACAGCCGAGCUUUCAAUCCUGGACGGGACCUCAAUUCAGUUUUGGCUGACAACCUGAAGUCCAACCCGGGAAUAAAGUGGCAGUACUUCAGUUCAGAGGAAGGAAUCUUCACUGUUUUCCCAGCACACAAGUUUAGCUGUAAAGGAACCUAUGAACACCGCAGCAGGCCUGUGUACGUCUCUGCAGUGCGUCCCCAGUCUAAACACAUCGUGGUCAUGGUGGACCACGGAGCUUCUGUGACUGAAACCCAGCUGCAGAUCGCUCGCGACUCUGCGCUGGUUAUCCUUAAUGCCAUCGAUGAACAUGACAAGGUCUCAGUUCUCUCCGUGGCAGAGACCGUCCGCUCCUGCUCGUUAGACCAGUGCUACAAGAGUCUGCUGUCUCCAUCCACCAGUGAGACCAAGAGGAAGAUGAGCACCUUCAUCUCCAACAUCAAGUCCUCAGACGUGGCCACCCAACAUGCAGCUGGGUUCCAGAAAGCCUUCCAGCUGCUGCGCAACACCAGCAGUCUCCAUAAACAGAGCAGCACCACAGACAUGGCGAUCAUCUACCUGUCAGCUGGGGUCACGUCUCGAGAGUCGUCAGAGCAGGACAAGAGAGCCACGCUCAGUGUUGUCCGGGAAGAGAACCGGCACUUUAACAACUCCGUCAUGAUCCUCACCUAUGCUCUGAUGAAUGAGGGAGUCACAGGCCUGAAGGAGCUGGCCUUCCUGAGGGACCUGGCAGAGCAAAAUUCUGUCAAAUACGGCGUGGAUCGAAUCUUCGACCGAGAACGUUCAUCUGGAUCGGCCAGCGCUUCGGUGAUUCCGGUGGUGAAGGGCAGCAUGAUGGUCCUAAACCAGCUGAGCAACCUGGAGACGACAGUGGGGCGCUUUUACAUCAACCUGCCCAACCGCAUGAUCGACCUGGCCCGUUUCAGUCUGCCCUAUGCCGACCCCAUGGGGGAUGGGUUCAUCAUGACUGUGAGCCGGCCGUGCUACUUUGGUAACCUGCUUCUAGGUGUGGUUGGGGUGGAUGUGAACUUGGCUUACAUACUGGAGGAUGUUACCUACUACCAAGAUUCCCUGGCUUCAUACACUUUUCUCAUCGACAACAAAGGAUACACUUUGAUGCACCCGUCACUGACACGGCCGUAUUUGAUGACUGAGCCCCCGCUGCAUACAGAUAUUAUCCACUAUGAGAAUAUCCCAGGAUUCUCUGCUGUCCGACAGAACAUCCUCAGCCUCCCUUUGGGCAGCCAGGUCAUUGCUGUGCCAGCUAACUCCUCACUGUCCUGGCACACCAACCGACUUAGGGACAACAGCAAAGAUUCAUACAAUGUCAGCUAUGCCUGGAAGUUGGUUCAGGACACAUCGUUCAUCCUGUGCAUCGUCUACGUGCAGCCAGAGAUUCCAGUAAAGCAGCUAAAGAACCUUAACACAGCUCCGAGCUCAAAGCUGCUCUACCAUCGUCUGGAUCUGCUGGGCCAGCCCAGCUCCUGCUUGCACUUCAAGCAGCUCGCCACUGUUGAGUCCCCCACAGUGAUGCUGGCGGCUGGUAGCUUCUCCUCUCCUUAUGAGCACCUGAGUCAGCCAGAGACGAAGCGGAUGGUUGAACACUAUACCGCCUACCUGAGCGAUAACACCAGACUCAUAGCCAACCCUGGCCUCAAGUCCUCUGUCAGGAAUGAGGUCAUGGCGACCAGUCACGUCACGGAUGAGUGGAUGACACUAAUGGAAAUGAGUAGCCUCAACUGCUACAUUGUGCGACGUUACAUAGCAACACCCAGCGGGGUGCUCCGGAUUUACCCAGGAUCCCUGAUGGACAAAGCAUUUGACCCCACCCGCAGACAAUGGUAUCAACAUGCUGUGGCCAACCCUGGCCUCGUCACCUUCACAGGGCCGUACCUUGACGUGGGAGGAGCCGGUUAUGUCGUCACCAUCAGCCACACUAUUCAUGCUUCCAGCUCUCAGAUGGCUCCUGGUUAUGCAGUUGCAGUGAUGGGUAUAGAUUUCACCCUCAGAUACUUUUAUAAGGUCCUGCUAGACCUUUUGCCCAUCUGCAACCAGGAUAAAGGGAACAAAAUCAGGUGCUUUAUAAUGGAGGACCGUGGAUACUUAGUGGCUCACCCCACCCUUAUUGACCCCAAAGGUCAUGCCCCCGCAGAGCAGCAGCACAUCACACAUAAGGAGCCGCUGGUGGCCAAUGACAUCCUCAACCACCCCAACUUUGUUAAGAAAAACCUGUGUAACAGUUUCAGUGACCGCACAGUACAGCGUUUCUACAAGUUCAACACCAGCAUAGUGGGGGACCUUACUAACUUAGUCCACGGCAGCCAUUGUUCCAAGUACCGCCUGACCAGAAUCCCGGGGACCAACGCCUUUGCUGGCAUUGUCAACGAAACAUGCGACUCACUGGCGUUCUGCGCCUGCAGCACGGUCGACAGGCUCUGUCUCAACUGCCACAGAAUGGAGCAGAAUGAGUGUGAGUGUCCGUGUGAGUGCCCCCUGGAGGUCGAUGAGUGUACAGGCAACCUCACCAACGCAGAGAAUAGAAACCCCAGCUGUGAGGUCCAUCAGGAGCCCGUAAGCUUGAACGUCAUUGAUGCCGGUCUGCACGACACCCUGCCACAGUGCAUCAACACCCGCUGCAGCCAGAGAGUCACCAGCAGCGACUGCUAUGGCGUUUUGGACUGCGAGUGGUGCAUGGUGGACAGUGAUGGGAAGACUCGACUGGACAAGCCCUACUGUGCCCUGCAAAAGGAAUGUUUCGGGGGGAUCGUUGGCGCCAAAAGCCCCUACGCAGACGGCCUAGGAGUCGUUGAUGAGGAGGUGGCCUCUUUGAACAUGAUCAAGAGCGCCCCUGUAGGUCCCGUGGCCGGGGGGAUCAUGGGAUGCAUCAUGGUGUUGGUUCUGGCUGUUUACGCAUACAGACAUCAGAUCCACCGACGCUCACAUCAGCACAUGUCUCCUCUGGCCACACAGGAAAUGUCGGUGAGAAUGUCCAACCUUGAUAAUGAGAGGGAUGAGAGGGACGAAGACAGCCACGAGGACAGAGGGAUCAUCAGUAAUACCAGGUUUAUCGCCGCUGUGAUCGAGAGACACACUCACACCCCAGAGCGCAGACGGAGGUACUGGGGCAGAUCUGGGACGGAGAGCGAUCACGGCUACAGCACCAUGAGUCCACAGGAAGACAGCGAGAAUCCACCCGGGAACAACGAUCCACUCUCGGCAGGUGUUGACGUUGGCAACCACGACGACGACCUGGACUUGGACACGCCCCCCCAGACGGCCGCGUUGCUGAGCCACAAAUUCCAUCCAUACCGACACACGCACCACCACCCCCUGCACACGCACCACCUGCAGGCUGCAGUGACCGUGCACAGCGUGGACGCAGAGUGCUGAUCCGCCGGCAACCUUCCCGUCAGGGAUGGAACAGUGUCGUUUGUACAGCAAAGAGCAUUUAUUGAAAAGAUUCUUCGCUGUUUGUCCAGAUGGUUAAAGCCAGAAGUGGAUCUAGCAUCUCAAGACGAAAUGGAACCUUAUGAAGUGACAUUCCCUUUUUUUUUCCUUGUAGCUCAGAAAGUCACACAGAGAAUAAGCAAACAGAAUGUAACAGCUGGAAAUGAGAUUUUUCACAGGAAUCAGGAUUUGACAAGCUUUGGGAUCACACAAGAUGCUGCUUGACUCCCUGAAUAUCACUAUGGAUGAGAAAUGCAGGGACAAAGAUCUUCAUUUUUCAGUGUUCCACAUUGGGAGUAGCUGGAGUUUUUUUCUGCAAAGCCCUCUAGUGGGGUCAGAAACACAGAUAGAUCUCUGUACAUUUAAAAAAAAGAAAAAAAAAGAAAAAUCACGGUGGGGCAUAUCUGAUGAAGAUCGGAAGUACUUUCUUUUUAAACGAAGAACUGGCUCCGUUAGGAUUUAACUUCCAUCUCUUCCUCCUCAAAUCUGUAGUGGAUUUCCUCGGAAAGUUGCCUCCUGUGUCCGGACAAAAGGAGAACCGGAGGACGACAGAAAACGCCGAGAAGUGGGAUCUCAUUUCUGCAAACGUCUAUGAAUUUCAGUCUAAAAAACAGAUUUUACGUAAAAUAGACUUUUAAGAGAAAAAUAAUAUUUUUCUACUAUUUAUUAAAGAAGUUUUUCAUGACAGAUGGGAACCGCGAUGCCACCCAGUGAAAUGAUAUUCUUGUCGGCCUCUGCGCGACAGACCCAGGCCUGAUGAUGCUCAGCUAUUUUCCUGAAAGCAUGUUGGCCAUUUUACUCUUUGAGAGCUUGUUUCAUCCGAUCAAAUGCUUUUGGUUUUCAUCAGACUUUUCAUUACCAGAUUAUUUACAAGUUCUCUUAAAAAACACAUUUUUCUCCUCUAAAGUAGCUUUUUUUUUUUUUUACAAAUGUGUCUUUUUUUACCCCAAACCAUCUUGUAAAAGCGCGCUGAAGAAUGCAUCCAAAGUUUUACAAGGUGCAAACCUUUUUUUUUUUGGCUCUAGAUUUUGAAACCCUAUAAAAACUCUACGCCUGUUUACACCUGCAAAUAUUUUUAAGAGGCUUCAGACGUCUGCAUCGGUGCCACUGCUUUAUUGCAGACAAGGAAUGUGUGGGCAGAAAAUUGACAAAGCACUGUCAGCCUUUGUAGACUGCAUAUGGAAUGAAUGAAAUUCAACACAGUAGCGUUGCCAUAAACUCAUCUAUUAUGACAUUUCAGUGCAACACCAUACCUUGACGUCAACACAUAAAUGUUUUUACUCUUUGAAAAGGGGAUUCUAUGGAUGUUUUUGGAAAAUUGAUACGCUUUUGUGGAUCAGCUACUAUUUUCUUUGUCAAGAAAUGCACGUUCUUUUUUUUUUUUUUUUUUUUUAAAGACAAGUCUGAAAAAAGUGAGCCUUAAUCACAUCCUGCAUCAGAGCAGCUGGGGAGGAAAUGCUUCUUAACAUGCAGCACAUCUCUGUCUUCUGAGAUCUGCGCUCAUGUGAGAUGAAACCUGCUGGAGGGGAGAAGAAAUUCAAAGAAAGCAUUCCUUCUCCCUGAUCUGUCUGUGUGAAGAAUCCAACUUUAUUGCUGAAUGAAGAAAUUCUGUCAAAGAGGCGGAGAAAGACGAUGGAAAUCAGUAAAAAAAAGAAAACAUUCCCCGCCUCGGUCUCUGAGCGCUUGGCUUUUAUGGCCAAAGCGAUGCUGACUGUGCUCUGUCUGGACUGGAUGUCAGAAACGCUCCAAAUGCAGUCUACUUGUCAAAGAGAGUCAAAGAUGCUGCUGAUGCUGCGCAGAGGCCCCGCCCUCCUGUCGCCGCCUUUUGUGGUUAACCACUCAAAGUAUAUUUUCUACGUGUCUUUUUGAAUGUCUUCAUGGGGGAGGGAGUGCAGCACGUGGAGCAUUUUCAUUGAAUUCCUUAUUUUUCAGUAGAAAAACAAUAUUGAAAUCUGCUUAUUUUUAUCCAGAUGAAGAGUCACCUGAUGUUUGCUUUGAGUUCAUGACAAACCAGCAUCAGCAUGACUUCCUUUGUUUCCCCCUCGGGUGGCAAAAUGUCUGUUUUUAAAGAUCCGUUACAUAAUGUAAAUACCGAAACAAAACCCACUGAUGCUCUGUUCUCCAUUUUGAAAUGUUGACACAUGACGUAUGCUUCACAUGAUGCUCAGAUAUGUGUUUAUUGAAUCGUCUGUUCACGGCGUCUCACUAUAUUUUGGAUGUCUUAUAGGCGUAUUUUUCUUUAGGUCCAUAUUGGAUGGAAGGCAGAAAUUGCAAAUACACACUUUUUAUGUUUUAAAAUAUGUCUAGAUUUCAGAGUUCUAAAGUCUUCAAGAUGUUUAUGAAAACAUUUAGAUUUUAGUAGGAGUUACAACAGCUUUUCAGUGACUAAUGACCAAAACGGUAGCCUUGUAGUAGAUUCUGGUUAGCACUACUGGGAUCCUGUUGCUAUAUAAGGCUUAGCAACGAUAUUCAUUUACAGCCAUUUUAGACUGUUUCAUAGCUCAUCCGCACAAUAAGAAGUUGUCAAAUGACCCAAGAAAAAUAAGGAUUUUUGUCAUGUUGCCUGUUCAUUCACAGUUACAGUAUUUCUAUCAAACACCAAAAACUGCAAAUGUUCGUGUCUGUUUCCUGUAAUUUAUUUGGUACGUCAUCCAAUAAGCUCACUGUGCAGCUAACGUCUGAUCAAACUCACUGUGGCCAGUUUUUUCCAAUAACAUGUGUAAGCUGGGUCAGAUUUCUCUACAAACUCAGUGUGACAAUGGUUUCUAUUUUUGUUCCUGGGGAGCUUUCUAACAGUAUUUACCUGCUGUUGUAAACAAGUAUAUAUGUAUGUAUGUAUGUAUACAGGACACUCUGAAUUGUAAUUACUUUUCUGAAGGAAAUUAUGUAUGUCACCCUCCCAUGUAUCAUACAAAGUUAUAAAAAUGAGAUUUAUUGCCAUUUGAAUGUGAUAAAGUGCAUUUUACAUUCA